AUCUCCAGCAAGAUGGCAGGUUAACGUUAUGUUUGGUUCAUUUCUUUGGCAGAGCGUGGUGCCAGAGGCACACAACGAUGUUGAUGCUGCAAAGGCAACCAGCAAUCAGGUUUUUGAAAAUGGACACCAACCCAUUUCUGAAAAAGUUAAAGCCACACAGGAUUCAUCCUCCGCUGCAGUACAAGAACACUUACCUACAACAUCUGUCAGAAAGCCACACAUGCCUGUCACUGCGGUGACCAAAGUAUGUGGUGAUACUCAUUCCAGCACAUCCAAUGGCAGUAUCCGUCUGCAAGCCCCAGAACCCAAGAGUCCCCCGGAAAUGUCACAAAAACAAAGCAUCACACAA